CUUGUCGUGAUUGAUGUUGCGAUAAAAAUUAGUCGUUCUCGAAAGCCCUUCGAGCUUGCUGAAGCUGUUUUGGCGUGGUCUAGAGACUAUAGAGUUUUCUCCGAACUGUCAGCUUGUGUACCCAUAGUGUUACUAAUGCGAACGUGAAUUCAUUCAAUAAAUCAAUCGAACUUUGUGGGAUGAUCAAUGGUGGCAACAAGCGGUAUGGUUUAUGAGGAAAUUGUCGGAGUGCGGGGCAGCUGACCUCAGCCUCCGCGCAGUCUAUAUAUGCGCGAGAUGCCCCACAAUUUGAAUUCUACAUCUGGCAAUCCUGCCAAUUCCGGCCCAAAUCAUCAAGGGUACCAUCAAGUCAUCAACGAUGGUCUCCAAGCGGAGAAGGAGCCUGUGCAAUUCGAUGCAAGCCAUCUUCGAGGCGCACCAGCGGAAGUUGAGUCGCUUGUCCACAACAUCAAAGAAGUCGCUCAACAAUUUCUGUACCACUGGAAGACAUUUCCAAUCGUUCUACCUCCACCGCUGUCGGCUUGUUCGGACGGCGAUGAGACCUUGGUCCGUAAAAAAUACCACCUCAGAGACCUUUUCGUAGCACCGAGCUUUGACGAGCUCGAUGCUGUUGCUGUUGAUAUCAAAGGUGAACCUAGAAGACUUACCAAUAAACAACUGGAGAGCAUCAGAGAACGAGGCUUGCACAAGGAUAAGUACGGAAAGCCGAAGAAACUGAAUGUCACUCAAUUGGAGAGCAUUCAAAGAUGCGGAGAAUUCGAAGUUGACUCGAUAAACUUCACAGGCCAGACCCAUCGAUGGAGGCUAAGUGGACUGCUCCAACGAGGGCGAGAUCGCAGAAUGGAAACCCUCCUGAAUGAUCUCGCCUUAGCAACAAGAUUCCUCGUGGUGACAGCCCGAGCACGACUCAUAUCUCACUGUUUCAGUAUUUCCCAAUCAUUGAAGGCAUUAUUAACAGGAUUCUUGCGACUACUUGAUAUGGUCAUAGGAGUCCCCUCUCUCCAAGCGCAAAAUCUAGAGGGAAAAAUCAGAGAGGAGCGCUGUCGUUAUCUCGUUGCCGAAUUGAUAUGUCGAUCUGAGUACGAGGACUCCCUGGAAUUACUCUGUGGUUUUGUAAGGAAGCAGUUGCGUCGGGCGGCGAUGGAAAAAUUCGAAGUGGAAAGAGAAUCCUCCCAACUGCUUCCUGUCUCUGUGCCCUUUGUCUUCGGUACACCUAGCGGUGCAGCCGUUGACCUGCGCCUAUUCAACAGAGACAUCAUGAGAAAAGCCAUGCCAAUUCUCGUAACAAUACUCGAACGAGAAACCCGGGGAUGGUUCCUCCACUUCCGGGAACGACUAAUCUCUGAAUUACGUGGACAGAAAAAAACUGACGAGGAAAUUGAGGAGCAAGUGAAUGAGGCAGUAAUGCGAGAGUACCUCCAGAGAGUCUACUCCAAUAUUCUCAUCCACCCGGAUAUUCAAGCCCUGGGGGAUGGUAUCGGUCAGUUAUUGGUGCAGCAAGCACAAUCUGUCAUUCUCAUGCAUCGAGCGGUCGAGAGUGUCAAGCGUAAAUUAGCGCACGCUAAAGAAUCAUUGUGUAAGAGCAUGGAGAAUGAGCACCCUGUGCUCUCUCGAAUAGGACCGUGGAUGCGAGACAGAAUGAGAGAAGCUGAGAGCCAUUUCAUCGAGGAGUGCCAGUGGAGUGCACAUGAGGAAGCCCUGUCCCUCUGCAGCCUUCAGAAUCUCCAACAAACUGUCUACUUCCUUAAUCGUGACUUGACAUUCAUGCGAGAGAGGGAACCGGUUCUCUUGAAGGAACUUCGAAAAGUUGAAACCCCAACGAGGAACUUCCAAUGGCCCGCGCAGAUAUGGCUGCCCAGGAAUUGGAUUGUGCGGAGGAAUUUUCAGGGGACCUCUGAGGUAAUACCAACGAUACUGAGUAACACCCCAACGUCGAUAACAACCCCAAGGGCAGAUCCAAGCCAGCCAGUGUUUCUGGUGGAGAGGGAGCUCGUCCAUACAACCACAACUCGCUGGCCUAUGUGGAGAUGGAUAAACUACAUCGCGAGGACCUGGUGUUGGACGUGGAAUGCCAUGUUUUUGUUCGGGGUUGCGGUGCCGUGGUGUAGUAGAGUCUCUUUGCGAUCACUUCUUCUCAUCAAGCCAUUCACACCAGACUUGGAGUUGAGUCAGUUGAAUGGGACUCUCUUUCCACGGAAAUCCUCCCAGACGCCGACCCUCUGCUCUCGGUUGAUAGCCCUCUGGCGACACAUCAGCAAAAGUCGAACGCACUUCGAGACAGAACCUGAUACUGGCUUCAUAGGAAAGGGGAUGACGAGGCACAUCAACAGAAUGUGGAAUUACGGGGGAAAGGGACUGCUGGGAACUCUCGGAAUUCUUUUUGUAUUUCCCAUUAUUUGCAUUGUGGCUAGUCUUGGGUCUCUCAUCAUCGCUCUGUCAGCGUUUGUAUGGAUGCCCCUGGUGACACUAGCUCUACACGCCUUCAUGGCCCUCGUCAUAGACCUCGACAGUCCUGAGCCAAGCAGAAAUCGUUACUUCGUCGUGCUAGAGGCGUUGGUGUGGAAUAUAGGAAUUCAGGGCUUUCUACAGCCUCUGGCUGCCCUCGUCGUGGCUCUUUGCAUAUGUCCUGUUAUCUCGUUCUUCAUAAUGACUGUUGCAGUGGUGAGGUACUGGGUUAGAGUCGUUUGGGAUACAGCCAUGUUCCAUUUACUGAUAAAGAGCCGAGGGAGAAUACCAGCGAGCGACAGUUUCGUGGUGAAAAGAGUGGCUGGUCCUGGUCUAGCUUCUGACUAUUAUUAUCAGAUUAAACCAGAACAGGCACUGGCAGCCUUCGAAGCAAAACUCGAGCUAGACGAAUUGUUCGCUUUUCAACACGAGACUGAACGUCUGAUAACUCAACCCCAAAGAGAUUUCACGCAAUUUGUCGAGGCCUGUUUCAGCCCCUUCGCGACGAAUCUUGCUAAGACGAAGGAUCCGUACAAAUCUCUGGAGAAAGAGGCCAGGGAUUUGAUUGGAGUUCUUCAUGAAAAACUUGAUCGUCGCAGGAAGGACCUGCAAACGGGUCUUGGUGUAGCUGUCAGAAGUAAAAUUAAGCUCACGACAUUCGAUCUCAAGAUAGUUAUUCAACAAGCGGCGCUCAUGCUCGAGAGACUAUACCCAGUCCACGUUUUUUCAAGGCUCAAUGGGAAUGAGGAUGACUUUUGGGAGAACAAGGGACUCAAUGUUGGGGACUGGGCGGGUCUGGCGGGGCUCAUGUAUGCUGAUAUCUUCAGUUUAGAUUUUUUACAGCCCCUCGAUGAUACUGAUACCAAAUUUAAGCUCGAGCCACACUCUGGAAUUGAUCUCUCUAGGUAUAGCAAUAUGGUUAAUAGUACUGAACUUGGGGGCAUCAAUGGGCCGGAUCUGCUUGGGGCUAUCUAUGCUCCUAGGGGAAAUAUUCAAGUGCAUAGUCCUUAUUUAGAACUGUCUGCGUUCAACCCACGUGCCAAGCAACAAACCAGCAGCAAAAAGUCGGAGAAAAUGUGUGAGUCGAGUCUUCUACAUCAGGCUAGGUCUAGUCGGAAAACUAUGACUGGCAGUUCCGGAGGCGAUACACGGUGGCAGCCCUGGAAGAGGGAGAUGAGACCUUAUAGUGCGGAGAAACUACUCAUACCUCUGCCUAUUCCUCAUCCGGCUCAUAUUGCCAUUAAUAUUCAUAAUAGAGAUUCUGAGGAUCCGAUUCCUCUCGACUCGGAGAUCUGUCAGAAUAUUUUAAGAGCCAUUGAGGAAUCACCUGGGGAAAUGGUUAUUGAAAUUGUCGGACGGGUUCGGGGAGGUGGGGACUCCAGCUUUGACUCGGUUGCAUCACAGUCAUCGGUUUCUCUGGAUGCACCUAGAGAAAAAGACGAGGAGGAAGAGGUGGGGGAUAAUGAUGAUAAGCAGGGGGAAACUUAUCACUGGACUUUGUCGAAUUGGACAGGUGGCAUGGCCAGACGGAGAAAGAAUUCUGGAUCUAUCAAGGUCGAUCUUGCUUCUCCAGAAGAUGUGACUCUUGAUACCGACACCACGAGGGUCAUGUUUAGCACGUACGGAACGACGGUUUGAAUCGUGGGGGAUGUGUUCUUGGAGGUUCACUUCAUAUUAUUUUUUAUCUUUUGGAUUGGAAGCGUGAGUUUUGGUGGAGAACUCGCGCAAAGCUUGUGUCCUCGUAAUUUCGCACGAAAAAACUAUAGUUGAAGGGGUUUUGAAUUUUAACGCGUACGGAAAAAUUUGAUAGAGGAGUUAGCGCUUUCUGUGAAAAAUUCUAUUGGAAUUCCGUGACAAUUCAAUUUUAGGUCGGUCAUAUUAACGCAGUCUAUUGGGAUUUUUUAAGAGAAUUUAAAGUUGGAUUCAGUAUCUAAAUUUUAUUUCUAACAUGAAUUAAAAUAUAGGGAUUUUGUUAUUACUUGGAGUAGCAAAUUUUAUAGAGAAAAAUCAAAUAUUUGAUUGCAGGUUGAAACUUCAAUGGAAUUUUUAUAGAUUUCCGAUAGAAAUUGAGUAGAGGCUUGAAUUUUGAAAUUCAUUCCGAGAAUUGAAUAUUAAAUCGAUUGAGUAAUGAACAAAUUUAUAAUUGAGUACCGAUUCUCAAUUAUAAUUCUCAGAUUUUUCAAUAAUUUUGUAACUUCAAGUCUUGACCAUUAAUUAUGAAUUGAUGAAUCAUAAUUCAAACGUUUCUAAAUGAAAAAUUCUUUACUCAAUUCCUAAAUGGCGAUAGAGUAUAAAAAAUUAUGUAAGUUCUCUAUUUCUAACUGGAACUUUUAAAACUCUAAAAACGUUAAUCAUAUUUUAAAAUAUGACCAGCGAAAGAGAAAACGAUUAUUCUCUCGAAUACCUCUAAUUUAAAAACAUACAUCGUGCUUCAUCCGAGCGUAACUCCAUACACCAUUUGAUCGAAAGCAUCGGUAUUAUUUAGUAAUUAAUUUAUUAUCACCGUUAUUACCUUUGAUAUUAUUUUUUUAUUAUUCGUACAUUUUUGCUUUUGCAAACCAUUCAAGGCUAUAACUUUUCUCAUGGCGAAUAGACUAAUCAUGUGACAGUCAUUUGAAAACAUCAAUGUACGUGUAGUUCUCUUUAGAUUUUUUAUAUUUUAUUUCAGUGGAAAAAAACGAUCAGAAAUUACCAUUGAAUCAUGUUCUCUUCCUUUUAAAAUUCCACUCAUUUCUUAGCCGAGGCUGAACUUUCAUAUGACAUAAUUUUACGUACUCGAUACAUCUUCCAUUACAAUUACUCAAAAACUCUCUGGCAAUCAAUGUGCUAUGAUUAUCAAAAAAAAAUUGUAGUUGUUUGAGCUAAUGUAGUCUGGGCACGAAUUUCUAGGUUUCAAAUUUGAAGGCUGCACUGAGAGAAGAACAAAUAUUCUCCGCUGCUAGAUUUGUUUAAACAAAAAAAAUCGAAUUGCAGUUGUAUUGAAGAACUUUGAGUUUCUUUUGUGAGAGGGAAAAAGGACAGACAUUUUUCAUUUCCUUAUUUAAUAGUAAAGUCUGAAAAUUAAUUUAUACCAAUGAUAACAACAUAUGACAAGUCGAAAAACACGUUUGUUUUUCUCUCAGUGUACAGAGUAAGAAGUGCAAAAGAUGAAUCUCACAUGGAAACUGCAUGAGUAUUAAUAUACGAUAGAAUAAGCCUACCUAGGUGAGUAAUUGGGAAAUCCGUAUCCCCAAAAUUUGAAGCUUCUACGAAGUUUUCCGACACUUUUCAUGAAGAUAAACAUUCGAAUAAAAAUUUAAAAAAUUACGAAAAAAAAUCGUCCUCAAACGGAUAUUUUAUUGAAGCCUUUUCAGUUGACUAACGCCAAAAUUUUUCUCGAUUAACAAUAAGCAUUGUCCAAUGACUUGUAAUUAACUACGAAAUAGUGGAGAAAAAUGUGAAUUACUAAAAUCAAUCGGCUGUGUGCAGUUUCACUAGAUGUUUCACGAGUAUUGAGCGUGAUCAUGUAAUCGCAAGUAGUAAGCGUUAAAUAGAAAGAUUUAAUCAAUAAAAGAAAUGGCAAAAUGAA